AUGUCAAAGCACAGGUUCGACCCACCGAAUCCCACGUUUUUAUUUUUCCGACAUGUCCCUGUAGCUGUUCCCGCUACUACUGUGGGUAAAGUAGGUACCAACGCCGAUGCCGAUACGAAAAUCUGGUUCAACCGUCGGCGUACGAUUGGCGCGUGA